AUGGCUCAAGACGACAUUUCCGACGACCAGUCUCGAAUUGUUUCCGACCAAGAACCGGAAUACAAGUUUGGAGCGGUUGAUAUUGGUAUCAUUGUGGCCUCUUGUGUCAUCCUGGUAUCCUUCUUCGUCGGUCGAUUCUACAUCCGCAGGUUACAGCACCGUCGACAGCUGGACAUGGAGUUCCAGGCACGGCAGAGAGACCUGGAGGCUUUGUACGAAGAAAACGGCAAACAACGAGUGACCAGUAUGGCAUCAUAUAUCGGCUCUGCUGAGCCAUCAAUACUCAAAGGCGACAUCACUAUCCAGUCCAAGAUCAACAAUUUGUCUGAAAAGCAGGUGCUGAAGCCUCCCCUUUGGCGUUACAUCAACUCGAAACACCCGCGUAACGGCUCAGUCACACUCGCUAUUUCACUUCACAACCGGGAUAACUAG